AGUUGACAGUUGAUUGUCAACUCACACAUACUAAUGACAAUAGGCGAAUAGUCCAUUCUUUAUCUUCUUUUUUUUUCGUGAACAAAAACAUUAGAAACGGAUCCAAAUUAAAAAAGAAAUUGUUGAUAAGAAAUGAGCGGCCCAAAUCUAAGUGAAUAUUUCCGAAACGAUGCGCCCAGUAUGUUUGAUGAAAUCGUCCAAAAUACGACGUCAGCAGUGACGGUAGCAACGAGUACCGCCUUCCCUUCAACUGAUAGUUCAAUGACAAAUUUAGAAACAAAUCUUCAGAAAGAUUUCCAAGCAUUGUCGGUGCAGGCGCAAACCGAAGAUGAUGUGGAGGACAGUAUCCGGGAUAUGUGGAAAACGAUACAAACAGACUCCAAUAUUCCGCCAUUACUCACAAUGCCCGGUCUACAAAGUUCAACAGAAUUGAGCGAUCCGAUAAAAGCAGCUGUAACAUAUCUACUAGGCGAAACGGAGGCGAAUGAACGGCAAUCGUUGACCAUAAAUGAUGUGUCAGAAGAUGUGGCUGGUGUGAAACAAUUGAUAGCAGCUGGAUCAUUUCGAGCGGCUGCGAAUUUAACAUUUCGUUGUCUAACGACGUACGGGCAAGGUUUUGGCCGUGCCGGUCAACCAACAAGACAUACUCCACAUUCCUUGCAACUUUGGUUCACCCGAUUGUCGCUUCUAAUCAAACUCGGCGAAUAUGAUUUGUGUAAAAGAGAAGCCGAAGCAUUUGGUCUACUGGAACGGCCGGAUAUGUACUAUGAUUUCUAUCCUGAAGCCUAUAACAAUCGCAAGGGAUCGAUGGCCACAUUUUCAUUUCGUUUACUAAUCGCUAAGCUACCUUCGUAUUUGGGUUUGCACAAAGUGGCACUAGAUCGACUCACCGAUAUGCUUCUUGUGUCGAAAGAAAUUCGCGAGCAUUUUGCAGCCGAAUCCAAUGAAAAAGCCGAACAAUUCUGGACAAAACGUGAACAAACCAUUUUGCAAGCACUCAUUAACUGCGCUCUCACGAUAAAAGACUUCAGUUUGGCUGAUUUCCUGAUGGAACGGUUGACAACGAUGAAAGAGAUCGAUCCGGACACGAUGCGUUCGCUGUACUCGUCAUGGGGUCGAAUCUAUUUGCAAUGUGGUGACGUAUUUGGUGCUGAGCGAAAAUUCUCUGAAGCGCGACGGAUUCGCGUGACAAAUACGGCCGAAUCGGAUUCACGUGACUUUAUCGAUCGUGGCUUGAUAGCGGUGGCCCAAAAUGAUUUCAAAGAGGCCUACUCAUUCUUUCAAAAAUCAUUAGCUAUCGAUUCAACAAAUGCGCUGGUUCUGAACAAUAUGGCCGUGUGUCUAUUGUAUUUGGGCAAGCAAAAGGAUGCGAUUGGCAUAUUUGAGCGAGCAAUAACGGCGAACGAACAGAAAGACCUUAGCGAAAGUCUUAUCUUGAAUUUAUGUACGUUAUACGAAUUAGAAUCAUCAAAUGAUGUUAGCAAAAAAUUGGCACUACUCAAAAAGAUAAAUCGGCAAAAGUCCGAGCUAAAUAUCAAUAUUGAGUAUUGUUUGAAGCUACCAACGGGAAACAAAUAAAAUAUUUAUGAAAAUAAAACGAGGAAAUCUUUUGUUUGGUGAUAAAUCCA